AUGAAAUUCAUGUGUAUUAUUUUUCCCUUUACUCGCAUGCAGCUUCAUAGGACAGAAGUUGACGUGAUCCGGAGAAAAUUGAAGCAGUCACACGACGCAGACGCCUCCAAGAAACUCAAAGCCAAGAUCCAAGUCCUCAGAGCAUCAUCCACGUCUUCCGAUUCGGACUCUGAGGUUGAAUAUGACGUGUCGUCACUACUGAACGACUUGGAGGAGUCUACGGAAAGAGAGCGUGAUCUACAGAAUCAAAUGCAACUGCUUGAGGAGGAGGCUAACGCCAUCCGUAAGAGUUUAUCCAGGGUAGAGCAGGAGAAGGAGGCGCUAGACUUUGAACUUGAGAGAUUUAAGAUGAGAUUUGGAACCUUAGAGGAGGGGAUGAAAUCCGAGAAUGUCCGAGGUGCUUCGACCGAGAAAGAGGCUGAACUUAGACUACAACUCAUGCUGGUAGAACAGGAGGCAACGGUUAUGCGCAGAAAGAUGCGCGAGCUUGAGAUGAAGAACGAGGAGAUGACAGGCGCCCUCGAUCGGCCGACAGCGGCCAGCUCAUCUACUGGUGCAGAAACAGGAAUAUCAUCAUCCCAAAGCAAAGAUGUCGACACUGAACCAGACACUUCCCGUCCAACCGAAGAGAAGAUCUCAGCUGAGGUUAGCACCCUCAAGCGACAGCUUGAAGGUGUUCUCCGUGAGAACGAGGCUCUCCGUGUCAAACUGGAGACCUUCGAGGAACUGAACACCUUGUACCCAACCUCCGAUACCAAAGAAUCACCCGAGGGGCAGGACGACGCUCGCCCCCGGCAUAUGCAAACCGAUACAGUCGUAGCUUCCCUCAAGCUUCGCCUGGUCGAGGCAGAGUUCGAAAAUCGUAGUCUCCAGCUUGAGACAGAGAGUCUGCGCAAGCUCAGUGAGAUUGCAGGAGCGAAGGAUCAUGGGAAGGGCAAGGUCAAAGGUACGGAGCAUAAGCUGAGAUCCCAGAUUGCUCUUUUGAAGACGGAGGCAGAUUCUAUGAGAAGGAAGAUGAUCAGUCUUGAAGAUCUUAAUGAUCGACUAGAGGAAGCAACAGAGAAGACGUUAGCCGAGAAGGUAGCAAUCGAGAAGGUGCUCGUUGAGAAGGAGAGAAAGUCAGAACCAGUUUCCAGACAGGAGUCUACAUCAUCAACGACGUCAGAGGUUGACAAUGAGAGACUUCACGUCCUACAGAGUCAGAUUACCACCCUACAGGAUGAACUAGGGGAUCUUAUUUUAGUUGUCAAGAGCAAGGAGGUUACCCAAGAACAACAGGAGAAGGAGCUCUUCCAGACCCGCCAACAAGCCGAGCAGCUCCGCUCCGAAUCCUCCAAGCUCCAACAAGACCUCCAGCUUCGCCUCACCAAUGUCACCAAAGAGCGGGACCUCUUGCUGCAGCGCAUCCGUAUAUCGGAGGAGAGGUCUGAGGGGCUGCAGACCGACCUCAAACGGGCAUGCUCGGUGUCUAGAGAGGAUGAGGGUGAGGUACAGAGGGCAGAGGGUGAGGUACAGCGAAGUGAGGUUGCUGAGGCUACCGAUGAUGUAUUUGUUGAGCAGGAGGCUACUCCGGAAGUGGCUGUGAAUUUUGAGCGGUGUCUUAAAGACCGGAUAGCCACUCUAGAGACGCAGCUUGCUGAAGAAAGACAAAAAUGCAAGGUGGCUGAGAAGAGGGCUGAGAUGCUGAAUGGAGGAGCGUCAGGGAUGGACGAUGAGGGCGGGCUACAGGUUAGCCAGUCUGAGGAUGCUGCAUAUAAAGAGCGGGAAAAGGAACUGCUUCGAUUUGAGCUGACUGAGUGUCACCUUGCCAUUGAUGACCUGACCUCAGAACUUGCCCGAGAGAGGGAGCUGUUUGCUCACGAGAAAUCCGAGAUGGAUCUCCGAUUACAAGAGUACGCUAAGAAAUUCCACUCCCCCGACCCUGUCUCACAUUCCCCCGACGCACCACAGACACAGGACGAGCAGGACCGGGCAGAGAAGAGGUUCGCCUUUGAGAAGGAGAGCACGGAGUUACAGAAGAAGAUGGAGACGAUGGCUUGGAGGAGGGAGAAAGCUGAGCUCUCCAAGAGGCUGGACGAGCUCAAGAUGAAGAUGGAGGACAUGCAGAGCAGACCUGAUGUAACUGCAAGUGCUACACUUGGCCAAGAGGAGAAAAAGUCAGGCUCCGCUCGCCCGGACACCGAGAAGGAGGAAUUGAAGAAGAUUCUGGGUAAACUUGAAACAGAAGUCGAAAUUCUGGACGGAGAAUGUUGGAAAUAUCGAGAACUUGCUGAAGACAUGCAGUCAAAGAUGAAAGUGAUGACGGCACAGAGCGAGGAGCUUAAGGCUUCCAGCGACAUCCUGACUCAGGAACGGUCCCUUCUCCAUGCUAAGGUAGCCAGCAUCCAUCAGGAUCGCACAGAGCUGGACAUUCGUCUGAAGAAAGAGAGAGAGGCUUGGGCGAGGGAGAAGAGCGAACUGAUAGCGAGGCAAGAUGAACAGCAACAGGAGAACGCCAGGAAGCUGAGCGACAUACAGCACGAAUUUGGACAAUUCCAGCUUGAGAAGCAAACCCUCCAACAGAGGACCGUUGAGUUAGAAACCUACAUGAAGUCUCUCAAAACCAACGGGAAGGAAGGCGAGGAACGCCUCAAGGAGACCCAGUCUCACCUGGAAAUCAUCAAAGCCUCACACGAAGCAGAGAUGGCCAAACUCCGGCUGGCCUUCGAGCACCAGAUUGGUAUAACAUCCUCCGAAGGCCGGGUUGAGAUGGAAGAGAUGGAUCUUGAUCUGAGAAGCAAGUCAAGACAACUUGAGGAGAUCUCUGCCAAAGUGGAACUCAUGGAACAAGAACUUGAACAGAGUCGGGGUACCAUUCAUGCCCUGGACGCGCAGCUUCGCGCCCAGGAGGACUGCAGAAGCAAAGAGAAGGCUGAGCUUAUAAAGAGCGCCCGCAACGGUGAGGAUGAGCUUCGCAGUGAGAACACACGGUUAGGGAAAGAGAUGCGAGACCUACAGGCGAAGCUCUCGAACCGGGAGAAGGACUGGAAAGCAGAGCGCAACGAGCUCCAGGAAGCCCUUGAGAAACUCAAGUCCAGUCUGAAAGCAAGAGAUGCCUCGUGGGAGAGUGACCGAUCGAAGCUUGUCUUGGAGGUCAAGUCUCUUCAGUCCAACUUGAUGACCCGGGAAGACUCUUGGAAGGUCGAGAAGGGUCAGUCUAACAACAUCAUCAGUGAGCUGAGAGGGAAGGUACACGAGACUGAGAUGAAGGCCAAGAAGAGAGAAGAGGAAUUAAUGUCUAGAGUGGAGGCUGCUACGGAGCUUGUAGAGACGCACAAAGUCAGUGAGGCGAAGUUUAAGGAUGAGAGAAGACGUCUUAUUAAACAGAUUGAAGACAAAGUUAGCGACAUCAAAAACGUCUCGAAAGAAUCAGACCGUCUUCAGCGUCUCCUAGACAACCAAUCACGCCGUGUUGACAAUGCCCGUUUCGAUGUCCAGAUCCAAUUCCAGAGGGAUGAGAAGAUUUGGAAGGCUGAGAUCGCAGCUAGUCGCUUCAAGCUUGAGGCUGAGACUAAGUACUUUAAGGAGGAGCUGGCUAGGCUGCAGAGUAAGCUGGAGAGUGAGGUCAAAGGGAGGUCAGAUAUGGAGAGGGAUCUUCAGGUUGCUGUGAAGGAGGAGCAUGAACAGAAGGCGAUUGCUGAGAGGGCUGUUGCUGAGAAGAUGUUGGCGAGACAGGCGGCUGAAAAGGAGUCCCUCUCGGCCAAGAGAUCAAAGCAGUUGAUGGAGGAGCUUCAACGAGACAGGCGGACUCUUAGCGGCCAGCUCACGGCCGAGAAGGAGCGAUGUGAGGCACUCCAGAGGAGUUACGGUAACGAGAAGGCAUCUUGGGACGUCAAAAGAAACGAAUUGAUGACCAAAGUUGGCAGGCUCGAGCAGCAGACUAAACUCAAGAAAGUCAAACUAGAAGAUCUCCAGGUUAGACUUCAAGCAGCGUGGGACAUCGAGCGAGCCGAUAACCGACGACUUGUAGCGGAGGCUAACCAAAACUCGUUAGAGACUCGUAGGCAGAUGGAUUCACGCGAGAGUAAAUGGCAGAGGGAGUUUAGUGCUACUCAGGAGAAAUUCACCAAGGAGAGGAAAGAUUGGGAGGAAGAUAAGAGGAAACUUUCAGAUGCAAUCAAAGAGCUGGAAGAUCAAAUGCAGAGCAUGAAGGACAUGCAGAAACGUAGCAGCCAGGUGGAGUGCCAUUAUCAACGAGAUAAAGAACUGUGGAGGAGUGAGAGGACAGACUUGCAGAAACGGCUGCAAGGGAGUCUAACUUCCCGUAGAUUGGAACAUAAUAGGAUUGAGACCAUGAUUCAAGAGCUGCAAAAGUUGAAAAUGAUGGACACUACUCCACACCAGAAUUCCGAAAAUAACAAACCGGUGACGAGUAAAAGUCAUUCUUCAUCAUUUGAGGCACCUACCAAGGGGUUUCAAGAACUAACGAUAAUCGAAACCAAACAGACCAGCGAGAAAUCAGCGCCACCAAGAAAAGAGAAGGGUGACCUCGUGCGGCGGAUGCAGGAAAAGGUGCCGGAGCAUGAUGGGAACGAUGGCAUUGCCCAUGAGCAAGAAGUGCCUGACGUCAUCAAAGCAUCAGAUAGCAUGACGGUUAAGAACGCAUUUGAGGAGGCACUGAGACGGAUUGCCCUCGUACAGGACGACCUGGCAUGCUUUCAGGUUCGACUUGAGAUGGAGGCGACGCGACCCAAGAGAUCCAAGUCUCACUCUGACGUUGCUCGAGCAGUCUCCGUUGUCCGUCAGUCUAAACCCGUGUGCCAGAGAGCAAUGCAGUACGAGAGCAGCACGCCCUCAUCGACGGAAACAACCUCUAUCCAGGUGAUUACAACAGAGCGCCAACCCCUGGACGGCAACGGCAAACCAUUGAGGGAAGGACGUUCGUACACACGCAGUGCGGAGAUACUAACCUCCUCGUCCCCAAAACCACGCAGGAAGCGAUCCCCGGAGAAACAGGUCAGGGCCCAGACCCCAGAACCGACCUCCUCAACACGUGUGCAGGUAUUACCUAGAAUGUGCUCCACUCCAACACCAUCCGAGACAACCUCGCGUACAGUGUCCUCCUCAGUCAAAGACUCAGAUAGUGAAUACGGAAGCAGUUGCAAUAGUAACACCAACUCGGCCUCCUCCUCCCCCUCGCUCACAGAGAAAAACACAGGGCCGGGGAAAGUCACAACCAAGCCCGUUCUGACGAGAUUCGGUCGGUUCGACGCACAGGGGAUGCUCCGUGAAACGGAUCGGAAGUCCUCACCCCAGUCUUCGGACUCGGAGCUGAAGAUCGAGACAGAUAUUGAGAAGAGAAUGGCCGAGAUGGAGAGGAGCAGAGUAAGAUCUACAAAGAAAAUGUUCGAGCAGAAUUUGGCUCGUGGAGCUGGAACUCUACCCAGCCGAUCCUUGUCUCCAAGACGCGAACAUGAUGAUACUUCUGAUCAUGAAUGCGACGUCGAACAACGGCACACCGACAGUGAAUUGUACACACGUGUUAAAUCACCAACUUCUGAGAAAGACAUUUCUAUUCUAUCCUCCCGUGAAAAAGACAGUGCGCCCUCUACUGUUGUAGUUUUAAAAGGCGUUGGAGCCAGCGCUCCUUGUGGCCUUGACUCACAAAGUGCUAAAAACACUUCUACCUCUAAACCAAGUGGGCAUGCACAUAGCACCCAGCAGCUAACCCAAAGUGCUUCCAAUUCCAAUGGCAAUUCAAGGUCACAUCCGACCGUGAAAUCGGCCGUUUCUUCCCCGGCCGUACAAGCUUCAAGUCCCCGUGGAUCGCCAAAGCUUCACCGCUCCAACUAUCCAUGUGCUCCUCCUGGCUUCCUUUUGCCAAAGAAAAUUAACGAAGUCCAAUCAUCGAAGCGGACCGAGGGCACCCCCCUAGUGGGUGAAACUCCUUCUCCCCCGCCCACUUGGAGGCACUCCUCGGCACCAUCGAAGAACUUCAACAUCCCCCUGCCACCUUAUCAGACAACCACUUCACAAAAAGGUGAACCCAUGUCCGUUAUCCCUGGUCAAUUACCACGGACUAAAAGCCAAAUGCAGGCGAAAUCCAGAACCUCCUCCGAGGUUCCACUGCACUAUAUCGCCUCAACCGGUGACGUAGAGUCUCCGGGGUCACGACGCAAGCGCAUCUCUCCCCGGUCUGCCCGUGCCAACUUCUUUGCAGACCUUCCUCCAAGUCUAAUGCUUUUGCAGCAGCAGCAGAUGAACAAACCGAGUAGUACAGAAAGAAGCCGCGAACCAAACAACAACAAUAAUAAUCCACACCGCCCGUCGCAACUCAACGUGACGUCAGAGACUAACAAGAAUGAGACGCUUGGUGGCGCUUCAACGAGUCAGUCCAGUCCCAGGGACCAUUCACCAUCUGGAAGGAGCUCCAUUUGGACUGCAGCCCCGACAGUGUCUCACCAACAGCACCACUCAAAGAUCAAAACUGAAGAACACAGUAGCACCAAAAUUGAAACCCAAGUCCUGAGCUCAAAACGCCCUUCGGCUGCCGUCUCUCCAACUCGUAGAGUCCCUACCCAGUCUGGUUCCCCGAAGCUCAGCAAAUCCAAGGCGCCUAAACACCACAAAAAACGUGCAAAAUCAAGUGAUAGAGCACAGACUGCUACCCCGCGAUGUGUGACCUUUGCUUCUCCGACAAGCCCCUCCGGACCACUGAUCCCCUUGAAACCAAACACUACCCGUGUUACAGUGGUAUCGUCCAAGAAGACUGUGAAUACUGUGGAGACGUGCCGUGUAUUGAACUCUUCCUCUUCUGAGAAAGGGGUGUCCGAUUCUGAAAAAUCGAAGGGAUCCACUGCUUCAUCAGAGGUGCCGCUCAAGCCUGCACCAACAGUCACCUUUGACGAAAUGCAGCCACGUCACGUCGUGCCCGCCCUCACCCCGCAAUUCGCCCGACCAGCCCCAUCCAGCAACCGCCGGAGGCCAGCCCGAUGGCUUACCUCUAAAAGACUGAAGACGAGUACCGGCUCGCUGGAUUCCUUGUACCGUUCAGAGCGGCGUCCGUCCGGGUCAUCAAUGUCCGAUUAUGAGACGUUUAUGGAGCAGGAACUCUUCACCGGAGACGGACAUUGUAAGAGGAAGAGGCCGAAGGUUGAGACCACUGUUUGAAGAGGAGCACUAUUUACAUUUUUAUAAAACUGUGGGCCAAACCGUUAACAAGAUUUACACUUUGAUCGGGUCCGGUACCAAACAGAGCAACAGUCUAAUCGAGGAAUCCACGAAUACUUAAGAGCAAACUAAAUAUCACAAAAUGGGUUGAAUCAUACUUUAGCUGAUGUACAAAAACAGUAAGACAGUUUGCCUUUUGGGGCAACCUACGGAAUUUUGCGCAAAAAGUUACACCUGUUUAAGAAAGUGUUGAGCAACAGGAAAAACGUGAUGGGUCUGUUCUCCAUAAUCAAUUGGCCAAGUAAACAAUAUCAUCUGAACAGAUCCGAGAUUUGUUUGUCAAAAGUGGCUCUUAAUACAACUACAAACGAGGUUCAUUUUUGAAAAAAAUACAUUUUUGCCUAGUAUGCUCAUAAACAUUAGAAAUUAUUACCCCAAUUUUUAAUUUGAAGUUGAUGAACAAAGAUAAAUUUCCUAGAGACCCCUUUAACGUUCGUAUCAUUAUGGCGAUUCUAAUACAAACUUGUUAUAAUUAUGAACGCCCUUUUUUGAUUUUAUCAGGCACAAUUUAGUCGCAUUUUGACUUCAGUUCUCAUAAUGUAAAAGGUAACGGUAAAUUGAAUAAUUAUCAUUGAAGAAGGCCUUACCCAAGUGUCUAGGAGGAAGUUUUACAUUUGGAGUAUUUAGUAUUAAAUAACGAUAUUCUGCCUGCCAUGUUUAACAAAGGGCGCCCUCGGUUUUAACAAAUGACGUCAUACAUUCGUUUGUCGAGGGUUUGUCGUGUACCAAAGGAAAUGUAAUUUCCAUACUUCAAUUCCGAGCCUGGACAUUUUUCACUUGUUACAAUCGAAUGAUUUCUCUCACAUUUUUCACUUUUUACAAAAUGAAGUUUUGAGCUAUAAAUAACAUUGUAACUUAAAUUUGUCAUUAACUCAUCUUUUGAGGUAUUGUAAUUUGCCAAAUUCGGUGAGGACGGAACUUUGUAAUUUCUUACUUUUUAUAGAAACGAUGCAAAGGGCAUUUUUAUAGCUUUCUUAGCCUUAUAUUAUUAUCUUGCGAGCAAUUUUAUAACAGGGUUGUUGAGCACCGUUGUUUAAUAGCGACAACAAAAGCAAAACAAAGCAAUUGUAGAAGUAGGCCUAUGUACCAAUGUUUUCGAAUAUUUCAAAGGUUGGAAAUAUUGUUUAUCAGGAAAGUGAUCUGAUACCGAUCGAUUUCUGACUAAUCAAUACAUGAAGCAUUUUAACGUUUGUAAAAGGUAAUGUUAAAUCACACGUAAAACGCGCAAACGCCUGUUUAUGUAAGUUUGAUAUAGUAAAAAAAAUGAAUUGAGGCCUCUUAUAUCAUAAACAAACCUAACACCAAUGGGGAUAGUUAGCAUAUUCGAUGGGAAAUGGCUAAUAAACUUUACCCUCCAAUGCCUUUGUGAUAAAUAGACUCAUUUGAUUGUUAAUCUAUUGGUAUGCAUGAAAACAUUAUUAACGAAAACAAACGAUUGGAACUGGGAAAGAUUUGCUGAUAGAAUAAAAUCAUCAACGAAGUUUUUAUUAAGUCACUGGUUUUUCAAUCUUAUUUUUAAAGGAACACUUUAUAAAACUUUUAUUUUAAAGAACAAAACAAAUUUACAAACAAUGUUAAGUAUAAUUAUUUAAUAUUUAUUUAAUGGCAUUUCCCCAAUCCCUAAACAAGUGUAUCUAAGCUGGUCUCGUGUAUUUCUUUGAUUACAAACGUGUUGUCUUAGACGUAACUACCCGAGCCGAACAAUGUUAACCGUUGCGUUGCCGACCACCAGUAAAUGACUUCCUUUCUUCUUGACCAGCGCCCUCUCGUAAACCUCUUUACAGGUUCGUGUUGUAUCAGUUAGAUCUGUGAUGCAGUCGUACUAUUAUUAUCAUUGUAUUAAAGUAUCAUUUAAAAAAAAAACUAUCCCAACAAUAAAACUAUGUUUCACAGUUACUUGGGAGUCAAUUUUGCCAAUUUUUUUUGAAAGGUUUUUCGACCAAAAUGUUUACAAAAAUGUGUGCUAUCUUGGUGAAUUUGAAGGUCAGAAGGGGAAGAAAAAUGUUGAAUGUGUUUAUAUAAAAACAAAAAGAAUAUUGGCCAAUCUACCUGUAUCUCUGUGUGCUAAAUGUUUCAACAUUAUCAGUGGCUAUUUUGAUGUAGUAUUUCUUCUUUCCAUUCAAGAGUGAGGUGGACCACAUCGCUAAUUUAAGUGGUCAUGCACCACGGGCCUUUGUUAUGUAUUUUGGCCAAGAUCCUCACCUCGAAGUGAUUGACGUAAUUUAUGAACAUUUACCUUGACUGUUGCAUCAAAAAUGCAUAAAGAAGUUAUUCAUGCAUCAAGAAUGCAUAAAUUUGGAAGUAUAGAUUGUUGAAACAUUGUGUGUCUGUGUUAGAGGUGCAUUCUUGUCAGUUUGCAGAUUGCGUGAAUGUUACUCCAGUGAUCAAUUAUUAGAUGUUUUGAUUGACUAUUUCACUCGGUUAAUCCAUGGGAAAAACUUCCCCAAGGAGUUAUACACUAUACCGUGCAAACACACACUGCUCUUUGAAGGUAAAAAGGUGAACAUUUCACUCUGUUGUCCGAGUGGUGUCAGAUACGCUCUUUUGAGAGUGAAAGUCGACCUGUGUCACUCUUUUUGAUGGAAACUAAAACGAACUUCACUCUAAAUCGAGUUGAAAGUACCAGUCUUUCACUCUUGUCCGCCAGAAUGGUAUAGCGGACACAACGAAUGGUUGUUCACUCCUUUACAUUGAGAGAGUGACUAAUGAAAUAGUUUAAGGUUUUGCUAGAAACAAAGAACAGGGAGAAGUUUUAAGACCUUUUAAGAAGCUUGAAAGUAUAGACACAACUCUAUAAGUACAGACUUGGUAAUGUAAAGUAAAGGUGUACAUAGAUUGUGAUUUUAUUUAGCUUGUAUUUUUAUUUAAUCAAACAAAACUUAUUAUUUUUGUUGGGGAGGUUUUAGUGAGGUAUUAUUUAUUAUGUAUUGUAUAAUUCACCCCUCAUUAAUUUAGUGACUAUUAUUAAACAGACGAGCAACAGACCGCACAUUAUGGUCGGAUUGUAAAACAAAAUGCAUUAGUACCCGAGUGAUAAUUAUUGUUUUAAUUUUCAAUUCAACUCAACUAACACUUAUUUCCACA